AUGAGCCCAUAUCGGGCCUACGAUUCAACUGUUUCACUCUAUCAAGUUCCUGAAUUUGUUGUUGACGGUGAAAAGAUGCUGUAUCAUGCAUUGUAUGGAAAUGAAGCAUAUGAAAAACUUCCCCAUCAAGCACAAGAUUGGAAGAUCAUGCAAGUAAUUAAUAAUAAAAUUCGUGAUGAUAUAGUGAAAAAAUAUGCUCAAUAUACAAAACGUGUUAAUGGUGAAAUGAUUAAAGUGAUGUAUGAAUGGUUCGAGCGUGGCGAUCGUCGAAAUCGUCAACAAACAUCGUAUGCUAUGCAUCCAGAUAAACAUUUUCGUCUUGAAAUAAGUAAAGAUACAUUUGAACGACAUAUUGAUCGAUUACCACAUGUACGACGGUUAACAUUUGAGCAAUUUUGUGAAUUAUUAUCACCGAUUAUUACAGGUCAAUAUAAUGAUUAUCAAUUACGUCGAACAUUUGAAAAAUUAGAUUCUGAUAAUGAUAAUUAUUUAAACCAACAAGAAAUUGCAAAUUUACUUAUUGUUGUUGGUCGAUCAGAAUCAAGUUAUAGAAUACAAGAUAUGAUUUUACGUUUAACAUCACAUGGAAAACUUAGUUUCGAAGAUUUUAAACGAUUUAUUAACGAUGGUUAUGCACGGGAGCUUUUAAUGCCCUCAUAUGAAAAUACAUAUGGAAGUCGUUAA